CGCCACUUGGAGAACACCCAAUUAUUCCCGACCAAGCACCUCACAAGGAAGACGUCAACGUUUUUGAACGGACUUCCCAAUUGACCACCCCCGCCCUCCGACCUGAGUCCUACUCUUCUCCUCUUCCGUAUUCACCUAAUUCCGUCGAGACGACACGAUGCUUCGACAAUCUCUGGCUCGUUCGGCUUGGCGGACUGGCCGACAAGCCGCCAGAUCCUCCAGAGCUUUUUCUGCGACGCCCCAACGGCCGGCAGAGGUGGAGCUUACAAUUGAUGGAAAGAAGGUGUCUAUCGAAGCCGGCUCAGCUUUAAUUCAAGCCUGUGAAAAGGCCGGCAGUACCGUCCCUAGAUAUUGUUAUCAUGAGAAGUUGAUGAUAGCCGGAAACUGCCGUAUGUGUCUAGUCGAAGUCGAACGAGCGCCGAAACCCGUUGCCUCUUGCGCAUGGCCAGUACAACCAGGCAUGGUGGUGAAGACAAAUUCGCCACUUACACACAAAGCCCGAGAGGGAGUGAUGGAAUUCCUCCUAGCGAACCACCCGCUGGAUUGCCCUAUCUGUGAUCAGGGUGGCGAAUGUGAUCUUCAAGAUCAAUCCAUGCGAUACGGUGCCGAUAGGGGCAGGUUUCACGAGAUCGGCGGCAAGCGAGCGGUGGAGGAUAAAAAUAUUGGACCCUUAAUCAAGACGUCGAUGAACCGAUGUAUCCACUGCACAAGAUGUAUUCGAUUCGCAAACGAUAUAGCCGGUGCCCCUGAGAUGGGUUCGUUCGGACGAGGAAACGAUAUCCAGAUUGGUACAUACUUAGAAAAGAACCUAGACUCCGAGAUGUCGGGUAAUGUCAUCGACCUUUGCCCCGUCGGAGCCCUCACAUCAAAGCCCUACGCCUUCCGAGCUCGUCCUUGGGAACUGAAGAAGACCGAAUCAAUUGAUGUGCUCGAUGGUCUAGGCUCUGCUAUCCGUGUCGACUCGCGUGGCCUGGAAGUUAUGCGAGUUAUUCCCCGGUUAAACGACGACGUUAACGAAGAAUGGAUCAAUGACAAGACUCGAUUCGCUUGCGAUGGCUUAAAAACUCAGCGAUUGACUAUGCCGCUAGUACGACGAGAAGGCAAAUUCGAGCCAGCACCGUGGGAGCAGGCGUUGACAGAAAUUGCUGCCGCCUACCAACAGCUCAUGCCUGCAGGCAAUGAGUUCAAGGCCAUCGCUGGUGAAUUAACCGAGGUUGAGUCUCUAGUUGCUAUGAAGGACCUAGCCAAUAAGCUCGGAUCUGAUAACUUGGCCAUCGACACACCCUUGGGAAGCCAGCCUCUUGCCCACGGUAUUGAUGUCCGAUCAAACUAUCUCUUCAAUUCUAAGAUUCUUGCUGUUGAAGACGUUGACGCCUUGUUACUCGUCGGCACCAACCCAAGACAUGAGGCCGCUGGUCUAAACGCUCGUAUCCGAAAACAAUGGCUAAGAUCAGACCUAGAGAUCGGCGUUGUAGGCGAAUCAUUCGAAUCAACAUUCGAGUUUGAACACCUCGGCACAGACCUCGCGGCGUUGAAGAAGGCUCUUUCUGGUUCUUUCGGCAAGAAGCUUCAGUCAGCCAAGAAGCCAAUGAUCGUCGUUGGCUCUGGUGUAACAGAUCACCCCGACGCCAAGGCUUUCUACGAGCUUAUCGGUUCCUUCGUAGAGAAGAAUGCUGCGAACUUCUUGACUGAAGAGCACAACGGAUUCAACAUUCUACAAAGAGCCGCUUCAAGAGCAGGUGCUUUCGAGGUCGGGUUUACAACGCCUUCUCCCGAAGUCGCUCAGACCAAGCCCAAGUUCAUCUGGCUGCUUGGCGCCGAUGAAUUUGCCGAUGCUGAUAUCCCCAAGGACGCUUUCGUCGUCUACCAGGGCCACCACGGUGACAGAGGUGCCCAGAUCGCCGACAUCGUUCUACCUGGUGCUGCUUACACGGAGAAGGCCGGUACAUAUGUCAACACAGAGGGUCGCGCUCAAAUGACGCGUGCCGCUACAUCGUUACCUGGUGCCGCCCGAACAGAUUGGAAGAUCAUUCGAGCAGUCAGCGAGUUCCUCGGAGCACCUCUACCGUAUGACGAUGUUGCCCAGUUAAGAGAGAGGAUGGUCGAGAUCAGCCCUGCGCUAGCUUCGUACGACAUCGUCGAGCCCACUUCGAUGAAGUCGUUGAGCAAGGUGCAACUAGUAGACCAGAAUAAGGGCGCCAAGACCACGAACGAGCCGUUGAAGAAGGUUAUCGAAGAUUUCUAUUUCACAGACGUCAUCUCCAGAAGUUCACCGACGAUGGCAAGGUGUUCAGUCGCAAAGGCGACGGGCAACCCGGAUAACAACUUAAUGGCCCCCGGCAUAACCGAAGACAAGCCGAUGGGCCAAGUGGCAUACGGCUCGUAAGGGUAAUGCUGUGUGUGUGAGGCGUAACGAAAUAGAUGAAACGCGGAGCUUCGAAUGGGCGGGGGUCUCGAGUCAAGACACUGCUAACACGGCCGGGAGGGAAUAUAUUUCUCGAGAGGCCUGGGUUGAAUGUUUUUUCCUUUGUUGCUGGGCGCAGACAUGAAUAUGGCAUCGUUAGUGUACAUAUAGCACUUGGUUCAACGGAGUAGAGUAGAGAAGAAAGAAAGAAAGAAAGAAGUACAUAAAGCGCCCAGAAUUCCAAGAAUCGUGAUAUCUUCGUCUGUUUUUUUUCGAGUGCGAAUCUUGAUCUAGAGCCGUU